GCCAUGUCGAACGCGCUGGUGCCUGUGGUCCAAAGGCGUGGGAUGUGUGAAAGCAAUGCAGUCGUCAGCGUCAUCAUCCGACGCCUUGCAGUCAAUGUAGAAUUUGGUGGGUGUCUGUGACGUCACGCCCUUCUCGACGCCCGGUCCAUAGACGCGGACUUUUCCGGGAUCCGUGUUGUCAGCCACGUUGACCUGGCAAGGCGCUGCUCCAAGCCCGAUGAAGAACUCGCGUCCCGGACGGGACGAAGAAGGUGGAGCAGGAGGCGGUGGCGGCGGUGGUGGCGGUGGAAUCUUCCCGGGCCUGGACCAGUGGACCAACUUGCUUCCUGGAGGCACCCUACCCGCGGGCGUGACAAUGCCGGACAUUGGAGCGGCCGCUUCGGCAGUCAGCGGCAUCGUGACGAUGCCGGACAUUGGAGCGGCCGCUUCGGCAGUCAGCGGCAUCGUGACGAUGCCGCCCAACUUGCCCACAGCGAUCCCUCCCGCUAUACCUACCAACCUCCCCCCUGGAUUUCCGACCGGAAUCCCGAACAUCAACGACAUCAUCAGCUCACUCCCUGGCGUCAACCCGUGACAGGACCGUUGGGAGCUCCGAGGAAUCAUUUUUGCACGUGGUUCGAUGUGAAUAAACAAAACGUUGGCUUCUUCAGCCAUUGUUCGGCGGCACGAACUGUUAGGUCCAGUGGGCUACUGACUGUUCAAAUGAUACGAAUGAUACGAUCACACAAAUCACUAUAGGAUGGGAAAGAUGACGCUCGCGGAAUAUCAGUUGACAUUUUCUGAAAUGAACUUGCACGGCUGUACCCUUUUCAGCUGAUUGUCAUCCACGAAACAUAGUAUAAUGUUGUAUAUUGUCUAUGCAUGGAACGACCGUACAAACACCGUUUUUUGAUUCAGACAAGAACGGACAGAGCCACGGUGGUGGAAAGAACAAAACAUGGCUAGCACAACCUUGACGCGUACCUCGCGUAUUGUGGAGGCUUAGUCCAUAGUUUACUGUUCGCGAAUGUGGACAAUUGCUGUUUGACAGCAGGAAUUAUUAGACAUGUUGACUGCUUCAGGUCGCCUUUAUAUUACUCCAAAAAGAUCGUUUGUUCUUCAUUUCGAAGUAAUAUAUAAUAGCAUCAAGGAAUGAGCAUCGCAUGUCAAAAGAAACUUUACCGGCAAGAGAGCUGGUAGAGGCGUUCUGUGAAAAUUAUCUGCGCAGAAGAGCAACAGACGAAGACAGUACAAUCUGCGCACACAAUUUUGUUGUUGUUAAAAGGGACAUUAAAUGCAAAUAUUAAGCCGUGCUAAAGUAAUAGCAAGGCCUCAAUAUUAUCGCCAACUGAGCUUUAGUAAUCGAGAAAUUGAGGUAAAUGCAGAGCAUGAUUACACACUCUCCCCGGGACAUUCAAGUACAGGCCCGAUGACUGAGGCACUCCUCGUUACAUUUUUAUUCCACUACUACUCAGCCACUCGUAAUAAACAGAUCAUUGUAUUGCAUUAUAAAACGAAAAAAAAAAAGAAA